AUGCACUACAUCUCCGACGUGGCCGACGGCACGGCGUACCCAAGCUACCACCAUCAAGACUCGAUUGGCGUCAUGGUCGAGAUGACGCCGAGCGAGCCGUCGACGACGUACAUGGCCUCGCGGACGCCGCGAAGCGAGAGCGGCCACUCCAACUACGACGAGCAGCACGACGUUGCCAAGCCAUUGCCGCCCAACAGACGAUUCAGCCAAGACUAUGACGCGAACCGCUCGACGUUUCGCCACACAAGGUCAUUGGCGCGGGAGGCUGCCAAGGCGCAAAAGCUACGGGAGCUCGAGACCAUUUCAUCCGACUUGGACGACUGGAAGGACAAUGUUGCGCAGAUGGCCGGCGCCUUCCGAGCCAAGGUGCGCGACUCGAUGCUGUUCAAGCUGCUGCAUCAAGACGCGCCCGACGCCUUUUCGCCGUUUGAUCUGGACGCGAUCGACGAUGCCAAGAAGCGGCUGCUGCAGCACCCCGUGAUGCGCCUCAUGGUGCUUCUCAAGUGGCGGGCGUUUGGACUACGCAUGUAUUGCGAGCAGCUUCUCAUGCACUGGCUGCUCCUCCUCACGUUCACCGUCUCGCUCGCCAUUGGCUUUGGGAUUGCGACCAGCGCCAAGCUCGAUCAAGUGCUCGUUGGGUGGCUUGUCGGCAUGCCCUUCCUCUUGGUCUCGCUUCUUGCAACGCGCUUCUCGACGUGGAAGAACAAGGUGGUGUGCGCCUGCGUCGUAUUUGUUCUUGUCAGCGGCGCGAUCACCGGGCUCCUGCUCAAGUACGACAAGGUCAAGGCGCUCUGCAACUCGACGGCACCGAUCGACGAGAUAUGGGACGAGGACGGCAAGGACGGGAUCAACAAGAGCUUUGUCUCGCUCAACAACGCCGUGCUCGGACUCUCGGCGCUCUACUUUUGCCUCUUUGAGUCGCGCGAGUUUGCGGCGGAUAUGCCCGACGAUGACGUCCGCCGUGGCAUUCUCGGCCGCUGGCUCCGCGCGUCGCGCUACAUGCUCACGUCGCUCGUCGACUUGGUUUGCGGCAAGCCGACGUCGCCGUACCUCGAGUCGUACUGGAAUCGCAUCCAGCUCCCGACCUUCUUCUUCGUGUUUGUCUAUGUCUUUUGCGAGUUUGCAUCGCCCUUCUCGGCCAACAUGCGUGUCUACGGAGGCAUUCCCGCGCUCUUUUUGCUCUGGAUCAUGGGCGUCUCGUACCUCGAAGUCUUCCCCGCGGUCGGGUAUCUCCUCCCGAUGAUGCGGCGCAUGCUCGCCGACGUCUUCCGCUACUUGGCCUUCUACUUUCCGAUCCAGUGCGCGUACACGUGUGCAUACUACCUCCUCUUCAAGAGCCAAGGCUACGAUCUCAAGCCGUACGAGCCGGACCAAAAGUUUAUCGACAAGUUUAACGAGUCUCUCAGCGUUCUCUUUCCCGGUGCCAACACCACAGACGAGACCCUGGUGACGAGCCUCCUCGAGAUCCUCAAGACCAAGGACAAGAACGACAUGUUUCAGGGCUACGAAACCGUGCCCAAGAGCUUCCUCACCACGUACCUUGUGACCUUUGGCCAAAUCAAUUUGGAGCCGUUCGACCAGCUCGCGACGACGUCGGCAUCGAUCCUCGGCUACCUCCUCGUGCUAACGCACGCGACGAUCGUGAUCGUGAUGCUCCUCAACGUGCUCAUUGCGAUGAUGGACAAGACGAUGGGCGCCUACAUGGACGAAGCCAAGGUCGAGGCGACUGUGACCUUUGCCGAGUGCGUGCUGCGGAUGGAGAAGACGACGACGCAGGCGAUGUCCGAAGUGUACUGGCGACAGCUCGACAAGUCCAAGGCCCAAGUUUUGUAUGAAAACAUGCUGCGCGCCGACGCCAACGAGAAGAGCGAGGACAGCGCAGUGCUCCACGCGAUUGCGAAGAUCAGCUCCAGAGUCAAAAGCCUCCAGACGCGUCGCAAGUAGGCUUUGAAAUCUUGUUGAUUGAUGGACCUUUGGCACGCCAGCCUUGGUCGUCUGGGCAACGCCCCUUGCUACUGCACCUUCGAAUUUUCAUUUUAAGUUUGUAAUUUGCGUUUGCACUUGAGUUUGCA